CCCAACCCAAUACAAAUUAGAGUCUGGUUGAUGUAUUGCUUUGUAAAACCCUUCUAAUGGCGAAACUUCAUCUUCCCUCUAUAUGCUCAUCAAUGGUUCAGUAACCAAAUUACCAAAAAACCUACCAAUGAUAUACCUGAGAAAAUUCAAUUCUUGGCGUUUUCUAACAAUUCUCCAACUUCCCCCAAAUUCAAUAGCAUCAACAUGCUUGAAUUCUUCAACCCCAUAUCAAUUUUGGAGACCCUUUUCGUUUUCAGCUCAGUUUCAGAAAGAAUCAAAUAAGUCAGAUAGUGUAGCAAAGAAACCAUUGGGUGUUUUCUUUCAAGAAGCUGUUGGUCUGUUAGAAAAGUCUGAAGUAUCAGAAAGUGAGGAUGAAACUGAAAACGAAGAAUUGAAGUGUAAAUUGAGAAAAUUGGAGGAAGAAGUGAGGGUUUUACGGGAGAAGAGGCAAAAUGAAAAGGAUAAUAAGAAGGAGGAGGCUAGAAAUAGUGAUGGGGUGUCGGAAAAUGAGGAGAAGAGUAAGAAAUUACAUGAAUUGUUUAUGAAUCAGGAGUUUAAGAGUGUAAAAUCAAGAAAGUCGAUGUCGUUGAGUAUGGAGGAUCAUACUGUGUACAAAGAGCUUUCACCUGAUAUGGUGAUGUUUGUUACUCAUUUAUACAAUGAAGGGUAUUUUAAAAAUUCAAACUUUUUGCCUAGGAGGAAGUUUGACAUUACUUGUUUCGAGAAUAGCUAUGCCCGUGAUUUUGUGAAGUAUGCAGCUGAGCAGUUUGGUAGAGAUCACCAAGAGAUUGCUAAAUGGUUGUCUGGCAGUGACUUGAAAAAAGUUGCCCUUUUUGGUUGCCCUUCUAUUGCAAAGAGGACCGUUUUUUCUGCUAAGAAGUUGCGUACAUAUUUCAGAAUUCAAGAAGAUAAUGUAUGCAGGAAAUGUGCCUUAAAAGCAUCAUGCAAGUUUGUGAAUCAGAAUGUCUGGAAAGGCGAUAUGACAAAUUUACACUUGGCUGUUGUAAUGAGGGUCAUUACUCUGUAUGCGCUGGAAUCCGUUCCUCCUCAGUUAGUAAUACCAGAUGAAAUAAAGGCUUCUGUCAGUCGGUUGCUGAUGGACAUUUUGAGACUUAGUCAAACUGUGUCUUAAACGCUUCUUCAGAAUCCGAUGAGUUGAUCAGCAGCAUACAGGUAAAAUUGGUCUCAUUGUCAGUGAGGUGCUAUUCUACCGACAUGAUCAUGCAUCUACGUGCCAAGAUGGGAGUCGGGUUGAAUCUCUGGAUAACAACGGAACCUUAGUUGGUCGAGGUGAUCGAAGUCAAUCUGUAUAUGCAUCUUCUUGAUCCAACACCCGAGAUCUUUAACAAGAUUUGGUUCAACUUUGCAGAUAACCAAAGUGUACCGAAGUCCAUUAUUUGCAUUUGCAGAAAAUAUAUCAAGAAGUUUCUCCCUUGAAUGCACUAAGAAUUACUUCUUUAGAACAGAAAUUUGGUAAUACUUUGCCAUAUUUGUUAUUUAUGUUUAAUAUACAAAACAUAUAUAUGGUAUGAAUGAAUGUGGUAUACAUUUGAUUGAAUUCAAUGUAACGUAUGAUAAA